AUGGCAGAAUCGAAUUCGAUACCUUCCGUUGUUAUCAAUUCCUCUAAACAGAAUGGUCCUAUCAUCGUGAUUGAUAAUUACGACAGCUUCACUUACAAUCUCUGCCAGUAUAUGGGAGAGCUACAAUGCCAUUUUGAAGUUUACCGCAAUGAUGAACUUACAGUAGAAGAGCUGAAAAGAAAAAAUCCAAGAGGAGUGUUGAUUUCUCCUGGACCUGGUACCCCUCAAGACUCUGGGAUUUCCUUGCAAACUGUUUUGGAACUCGGACCACUUGUUCCUUUAUUUGGAGUAUGUAUGGGUUUGCAGUGUAUAGGAGAAGCAUUUGGAGGAAAGAUUGUGCGGUCACCAUUUGGUGUUAUGCAUGGGAAAAGCUCAAUGGUUCACUAUGAUGAGAAAGGAGAAGAAGGCUUGUUCUCUGGAUUAUCAAACCCUUUCAUUGUAGGUAGAUAUCACAGUCUCGUGAUCGAAAAAGAUACAUUUCCUAGUGAUGAGCUCGAGGUUACAGCAUGGACAGAAGAUGGUCUGGUUAUGGCUGCCCGUCACAGAAAGUACAAGCAUAUACAGGGAGUUCAAUUUCAUCCGGAGAGUAUUAUAACAACUGAGGGCAAGACAAUUGUCCGCAAUUUCAUCAAAAUCGUAGAGAAAAAGGAUUCCGAGAAGCUGACGUAGACUAGCCUGAAUGAGAAAAUCUGCUGUGUUCGAAUAGUGCCUCCCUGUAAUAAUAUUUGCCAAUGCAAAAUGUUCCUUGCCAUCUUCCCAUUGUUUCUAUCAUAAAAAUUCGACUUGUUCCUCCA